GCUCCCCUGUUAGCAUACCUCUUAAUAGUCAGGCAAGUUCGUAACUCAUCAUGGAUUCUGGCAAGUCUCACUAUCCUGUUCUGGCGCUUGCCAGCGCCGUCCUCGUCUUCUGGUAUAUCGCAACUUACCUGCAACGGAAAUGGACCCAACGCCGCAUCGCCAAAGCGAAUAACUGUCAGCCGCCGCCCGCCUACCCUCGGAAAGACCCUUUCUUUGGCAUCGACUUUAUUCACGAGCAGCUGAUCUACGCUAGGAAGCACAAGCUUCUCGAGCGCAUCGUCGAACGCUUCAAGGAGAACGGCAACACCUUUCAAACCCAACGACUCACCACCCCAAUUAUCGUAACCUGUGAGCCGGAAAAUGUCAAGACGGUCCUCUCACUCCGCUUCAAGGAUUAUGGCCUCGGUGGCCGCAUCAAUGCGGCCGGUCCGCUUUUGGGUCAUGGCAUCUUCACCACCGACGGUGAGCAUUGGGCGCAAUCGCGUGCCAUGGUCCGUCCAAACUUUGUGAAAGACCAAGUCGCCCAUCUGGAUAUCUUCGAGGAACUCAUGGACGAUCUGCUCCCGCUGAUCCCCGCGGACGGCGGUACCGUUGAUCUACAGGAGCUGUUUUUCGAGUUCACGAUUGACUCGGCGACGGAAUUCCUCUUUGGGCACAGCGUGUACAGCCUCAAGAAGCGGCGCGCUGGGAUUCGCGACAGCACGGAACAGGACUUUGCGGGGGCAUUCAAUUAUGCACAAGAGGCCAUUGCAACAAACCUACGACUGGGGAAGCUCAGGUACCUCCGUCGCGACCGCAAGGCAGAGGAGUGCAACCGGAUCUGUCAUAGGUUAGUGGAGCAGUUUGUCGACAGCGCACUCAGGGUGCGAGGGCGGUAUGAUGAAGAGAAGGCGCUCGCGGAAGAUGGCCACGGCACGAAAGAAAAGAGAAAAUACCUCUUCCUCCACGGGUUGGCCCAGCAGACAGGCGACCGAAAGCGCAUUCGUGACGAGCUCAUGAAUGUCCUCCUGGCCGGACGGGAUACCACCGCGUCUCUGUUGAGCAACAUGUUCUUCAUGCUGGCAAAGAACCCCCGGAUAUGGAACAAAUUGCGCGAAGAGGUUGCUAUCCUGCAAGGUCGCGCGCCGUCGUACGAGCAACUGCGUAACCUAACGUACCUCAAAUACUGCCUGAACGAAUCUCUUCGCUUGCACCCGGUUGUCCCGGCAAACGCGCGCUUCGCCCAUACCGACACGAUCCUUCCCGUUGGUGGCGGACCAGACGGCAAGUCGCCGGUUUUCGUACCCAAGGGCUGCACCGUUGCAUACCACGUCUAUGCGAUGCAUCGUCGCGAGGAAUUUUUCGGCCCAGAUGUCAAUGAGUUCCGCCCCGAGCGUUGGGCCGACAUCCGGCCGGGAUGGGAGUAUCUCCCGUUCAACGGGGGACCGCGGAUCUGCGUUGGCCAACAGUAUGCGCUCACGGAGGCGGGAUAUGUUACUGUGCGACUCGCGCAGAAGUUUUCCGUGCUUGAGAGCAGGGACCCGGGGCCAUGGGAGGAAGGCUUCACACUGACGCUUUGUUCGAGAAAUGGGACGAAGUUGGGUAGUACUUCAUAUCUGCAUUCCGCUGAGGAACUCAAAGAUACCCAGUUUAUGCUACCCAGUGGCCCAUCUACGACUGACGUCUCCCGAUUAGAUCUUAAUAGACUUCGCGCGCUUGAGAGUCUAGACCAUGGAAACCUUGGUACCGACGCCCCAGUGGCUCGUUGGGCCGCUCGACAGGCCUUAUUUUCCAACACCUGCAACCGGAUCCGAAGAAGGACAAUGGAUGUCUCACUCGAUCAAGGUUCUGCUGGCGAUGCUGUGAUGUGGGAACUACUGCAGGCUCAACAGGGGUAUGGACGGGAUAGACCUGAAGCACCUCACGAAAUGGGGUCGUACAGGUCGCCAGGGCCGAGGGAGACGACAGGGAAAGGACCAGAAGGACAGAGGCUGAGACACGGGAUUCGUGGGCGUCGACAUUGCCUAUAA